UUGUACAGAUCUUUUGGUAUACAUGUAUAAUGUCUAGUUUAUAAUUCUAGUAACAGAAUUUCUGGGAUCAUGAAUUCCCUUAUAAUUGCCAGUAGUUUUCAGCUGAUUUUCUUGGAUCUCUCAGAUAUGCAGUCAUAUCCUCUACAGAUAAUUUUGUCUAAUUGUAUUAUCAUGUAGUUUCACAGUAGUUUAAAAAUUGUGGACUUGCAGUAUCCUUGUCAAGUUUCCAGUUUUAAUGAGAAUGACUUUAAUGUUUUAUCUUUGGGUUUAAGAUGUUUGUAUGUCUUUUGCUUUGUUUUGUUUUGCAUGCUUUGUCUGUAGUUUUAAAUGAAGGAUGCAUGUUGAAUUUUAAUAAGUAUACUUUUUAGCAUCCAUUAAAAUAAUCAUAUGGCUUUUCUUAUUUGAUGUUAUUAUAAAAGCUUAAAGUUAAUGGCUUUCCUAAUUUGAACCUUCCUUUUCUUUCUGGAAUAAACUACCACUUUACCAUGAUAUAAUAUGCUUUGGUAUUAUAACAGAUUGAAGUUUCCAAAGAUGGCCUUACUUAUUGUUGGGGUGAUCAGACCCAACACCAGGUCGUGGGGGUAACAAAGUCCGGCGGAGUCAAAGGAUUGAGAAAAAGACAGUGAGAGAGAAAAAAAGAAAGCCUGAUCUUUGACCAGAUGGCAGUAACAUUUGAAGAUGUGACUAUUAUUUUUACUUGGGAGGAGUGGAAAUUCCUGGAUUCUUCUCAAAAAAGCCUCUACAGGGAGGUCAUGUGGGAGAACUACACAAAUGUCAUGUUAGUAGAAAACUGGAAUGAGAGCUGCAAAUCCCAAGAAGAAAAACUCAGAUACUUAGAAUAUGAAAAUUUUUCCUGCUGGCAAGGCUGGUGGAAUGCUGGCGCCCGGAUGUAUGAGAAUCAGAACUAUGGGGAAACUGUUCAAGGGACAGAUUCCAAAGACCUAACACAGCAAGAUCAUUCCCAGUGUCAGGAAUGGUUAAUACUCUCCACACAAGUACCAGGGUAUGGGAACUAUGAACUGACUUUUCAAAGCGAAAGUCAUAGGAACUUAAAAUAUGAAAAUUUUAUGCCUUGGCAAUCCUUAGAAACAAAAACCACUCAAGACUAUGGUAGAGAAAUCUACGUGAGUGGUUCACAUGGUUUUCAAGGGGGCAGAUACCGUCUUGGCAUAUCCAGGAAAAACCUCUCCAUGGAAAAAGAACAGAAGCUCAUAGUUCAGCAUUCUUAUAUCCCAGUGGAGGAAGCCCUUCCACAGUACGUUGGGGUGAUAUGUCAAAAAGACCUACUGACAGAUUCAAUGGAAGAAAAGUACUGUGGAUGUAAUAAAUGUAAAGAAAUUUAUUAUUGGAACUCACAGUGUGUUUUCCACAAGAGAAAUCAACCUGGAGAAAACCUCUAUCAAUGCUCCAUCCGUAAAGCAUGCUUCUCUCAGAGAUCAGACUUGUAUAGACAUCCAAGAAUCCACAUAGGUAAGAAGCUGUACGGAUGUGAUGAAGUUGACAGUAACUUUCAACAGAGCUCAGGAGUUCACUUUCAUCAGAGAGUUCACAUAGGGGAGGUACCUUAUAGCUGUAAUGCAUGUGAUAAGAGCUUCAGCCGGAUCUCUAGUCUUCACAAUCAUCAAAGAGUCCACACAGAAGAGAAAUUCUAUAAAAUUGAGUGUGAUAAAGACCUCAGUAGAAAUUCAUUACUUCACAUUCACCAGAGACUUCACAUAGGAGAAAAGCCUUUUAAGUGCAAUCAGUGUGGUAAGAGUUUUAAUCGGAGUUCAGUACUUCAUGUUCAUCAGAGAGUCCACACAGGAGAAAAACCAUAUAAGUGUGAUGAGUGUGGUAAGGGUUUCAGCCAGAGCUCAAAUCUUCGAAUUCAUCAGUUAGUACACACAGGAAAGAAAUCUUAUAAAUGCGAAGACUGUGGUAAAGGCUUUACCCAGCGCUCAAAUCUUCAAAUUCAUCAGAGAGUGCAUACAGGAGAGAAACCUUAUAAAUGUGAUGACUGUGGAAAGGACUUUAGUCACAGCUCAGAUCUUCGCAUUCAUCAGAGAGUCCAUACAGGGGAGAAACCCUAUACUUGUCCUGAAUGUGGGAAGGGCUUCAGUAAGAGUUCAAAGCUUCACACUCAUCAAAGAGUACAUACUGGAGAGAAACCCUACAAAUGUGAAGAGUGUGGCAAGGGAUUCAGUCAGCGUUCACAUCUUCUCAUUCAUCAGAGAGUCCAUACAGGAGAAAAGCCCUAUAAAUGUGAUGAUUGUGGAAAGGGUUUUAGUCACAGUUCUAAUCUUCACAUUCAUCAGAGGGUCCAUACAGGAGAGAAGCCUUAUCAAUGUGCUAAGUGUGGUAAAGGUUUCAGUCAUAGCUCAGCUCUUCGAAUUCAUCAAAGAGUCCACGCAGGAGAGAAACCUUAUAAAUGCCGUGAAUAUUAUAGGGGAUUUGAUCAUAAUUCACAUCUUCACAAUAAUCAUAGAAGAGGAAACUUAUAAAUAUUGUUCAUUUAGUUAACAGCUUUAAUCAAAGUUUACCUAACCUUUAAACCCUAUAAAUGCUGCUGUUAAGGAAAUCUUAUAAAUAAUACAAGUAAUCCCAAGCAACAUUUAUAGUUUCCCCUAUCUCCCACUAAGAAUUAUUUGCUUCAAAAGGAGAUCUUUAGAAAAAUCCCUAUAUAUUUAAAAUUAUAGUGUAUUUUUCUUUACCUACUAUAAAUAUAAUACAGUCAUAAAUAUAUUAAACAUUUAAGGAGGAAACUUCAUCCUAUUUCAUUCUAGUCUUUUUUUCUGUGCAUUUUAAUGUGCAUGAAAUUAUACUGUGUGUUCAACUUUGUAUUUUCACUGACUUCAAAAUAUUUACUUAAAUUUUGGUUUGAAUUGAAACUGGUUGGCCAUCUGUUAAACAACAUCUCUUAACUCCCCUAAAAAGUCCCUAGGAACUAACAGAAAAGAUGGAAACACACAAAACUUAAAACUGUUUUGUCCAGUAGAAUUCAAUUGUUUAUGGACAAAAGCCACCUAAUAAAAGAUAGGAAAGCAUUGUAUGACAUUGUGUCUGAGACAGUGUAUCUCUGAGUUUUUAUCUCUGUCAACCAGAAAACCUAGGGACUGUCCUUCUGCUGCAGGGUGCUUCACUUUGAGGUGACCACAGUGCACUCUUAUCCCUUCCCUUUCCUGGUUUUCCAUGCUUAAUAAUAGGUUCAGAUACCAAAUAACAAGAAGUACAGAAUUUUCUCUAAGUAAGGUGUGAAGGGUAUGGACAAAAGUGCUAGAAAUGGAAGAUACUCUAUUGGUUCGGAAUUAGAGAUCCAAGCAGUAGAAUUUUAUUUAAUCUCAGUAGAACAGAGUGGUAAUAGAGAAAUAUCUGCAAGGACAGCAUUGAACUCAGAACUCUGUGCAACGAUGAAGAACCCUGAAGCUAAUUAUGUAAGAAGAGAGUUUGGCCAUUAUCUCAGAAUAGAGUUAAUAGGAAUACACAGUCCUAAUUAUUGAUAUACAAAUAUGCUGAAGUAAUACCAAGAGAAAAAAAAAGUGGACAUGUUUAGGAAAAUUAGAGGGAAUUGCAAUACUGAAGAAAAGAAUAUCAUCCUAAAGACUUGGACACUUAUUGCCCUGAAAAUUAGCUGCUGCAGGCUUCAGAGGAAAUUUCCAGAAAUGUUGGUGUCCUCAGUGGCAUAACAGAAUCUGAACUCAAUAAAGCUAGAGUAGAAAUACACAAGUAGAGAAGAGUCUCUAAAGUGAAAAGAGAAAUAAA